AUGGAUGAAAUAUUAAGGUGGUACAAGGGCGGUUUCUUGGACUGGAUGCAACACAACGGCACUUCUGUUUUAACCUCGACGGACUCUCCGACCGAAUUGGAAGAAGUCAUCAGUUCCGAAGCAGCUUCUGCGGAUCUGACAACUGAUCCUGUUGAAGGCGAAGGAGCACUUGAAAACUCGAGUGACUCAUCGACAGCAGUCGAAGAAAAUGAAACCCCACCUUCAGCCGCUGCUGCGAAAGACCUCACGGAAUUCAUCAUUCACGACUUCGAAUCGGCGUUUCAGUCCUUCAGUCCCCCCGAGUUCAGCGAAAAAUAUGGCUGCGAACGUCCGGAAAAGCCCGGAAGCAACAUCGUGAUUUACAGCAACAACAGAACCAGCGCUCAGGAUGCGAUGGCAGAGCUUCAUCGAUUCGGCUACAAUGAAGCAAUAAUGUACGAUGGCGGAUUAGCAGAUUGGACAACUAAUGGAGGUUCUCUUCAGUUGAGCGGUUCGACGGAAGAAAAAGAACCUGAAGUGCCAGUAAUAACGUCAGAGGAUCUGAAAAAAGGGCUCGACGCUGACGCCCUGACGUUGAUCGAUGUUCGGAACGAAACAGAGAUCGUGGCAGACGGAAAAGUGCCCAAGAGCCACAACGUGCCUUUGCCGGAAAUUUUCGAAGCAUUCAAGUUGCCAGAAGAGGAAUUCGUCGCCAAGUACGGAUUCAAACGACCUCCGCCACCCGGAGAUGACGUGGUCAUUAUGUGCAGAAGCGGGAGACGUGCUUUGAAUGCGAUUGUAUUACUGCGUUCCUUGGGAUACACGAACCUCAUUGGAUCGAAAUGCUCGGGAAUUUUUAAAAAGUUUAAUUUCAAAUUUAAAAAUUCCGGAAAUUGUCCCAAAAAAAAAAAAACUGUUCAAGGCCUUGGCUACGAGGAGUUCAAGAAAAUUUACAACGAGAGAUCGUCGGUCGUCAUCGACAUCCGCCCAGCCGAGGAGUUUUACCUGGACGGCAUCCAAGACACUGUCAGUCUCCCGGCUGGUGAAAUAGAAGCCGCGAGUGCGUUGUCAGACGAAGAAUUUGCGGCGAAAUAUGGAUUUUUCAAACCGCAAGCGGAUUGGAGCGACGCAUUAAUUUUGGGGGUCAACGGAUGCGAUGUUCUUGGUACUGUUCACGACAUCAUGAAAUCGGGAGGAAUAAAAGUCAGGUGGUACAUUGGAGGAAUCGAAGAAUGGAAUGAAAGAAACCCGAUGACCACUGACUCGUCUGGAAUAACGCCGAACGUUAUCCCGGAUCCUCAGAAAGCCUAA